ACUUCCCGGUCUUCCCCUUAUCCAAUCUUCCUCGCACACUCUCUCGCCAAGAGAUAAUCAGCAGAAAUGGCGACCACCAUCUCUACUCUCUCCUUCCGCACCCCUCUCCCUACUCCAAACCUCUCUUCUCCUCCGCAAAAUCCCUUCAAAUCCCCUUUUGUUCAAUUCCCUUCCCGCUCCAACCCAUCUCCUAACCUCACCCACCGCACCACCUACCUUCGUCCCAUCGCCGCCACCGCAGCCCCCGAGAAAAUCGAGAAACUCGGCGCCGAAAUCUCCUCCCUCACUCUCGAGGAGGCCCGCACACUCGUCGAUUACCUCCAGGAGAAGCUCGGGGUUUCCGCUGCAGCCUUCGCACCGGCCGCCGCUGUCGCCGCUCCUGUAGCCGGUGGGGCCGAGGCGGCAGCCGCACCAGAGGAGAAGACGGAGUUUGAUGUCGUUAUCGAGGAUGUGCCGAAUAAUGCCAGGAUUUCGGUGAUCAAGGUCGUGAGGGCAUUGACGACCUUGGCGUUGAAGGAGGCCAAAGACUUGAUUGAAGGGUUGCCAAAGAAGUUCAAGGAGGGGGUGUCUAAAGACGAGGCUGAGGAUGCGAAGAAGCAGUUGGAAGAGGCUGGAGCUAAGAUUGCCAUCGUUUAGAAACUCUAGAGGUUGGUUUUGUGUUCCCUUUUGUUUUUUUUUUUUUUUGGGUUUUGUUGUAGCAUUUGUAAUGUUAAAUUGGAUUACAGUAGAUAACAUGAUUAAAUUUCAAGCUUGAAUUUUUUUUUUCUCAUGAAUUCGAUGCAAUUGUGUUUGUCAAUGUGUUUGUUGAAAUUCCAAUACGAGGGGGCUAGAUAAUUGAAGGAAUGACAUAAUGCCCUGAAAAUGUUUGAUAAAUUGUCUGACUGAAG